AUGCAGCAAGUUUAUGUGCCUAAGAAGGUUGAGAUCCCCAUCGUUCCCCCACCAAGAGCUAGGCCUCAAUCGGUUAUCACAAUCGGCUCCAUGGAAGCUCCCGUCACUAAUCUUGAUGGUCCGAUUGUAAUCGAAGAAAUUCUGGAUCUAAGCAAGAUGAAGCUCCUAAAGAUGUUUUUGGAGUUGAAGAGAAGAAACGUGUCGAAGGAGAUUCCAAAAGCUCCAGAGUCAGCUAAGUCGACUUCCGAGUCAGCUGAGAUGACUCCUGCUGUCCCGGGUGCCUCUAAGGUGUCCUCUGAUGAUUUUUCUACUACCGUUGCUGCUCUGGUUGGCAUGGAGGUUCCUGAGGUUCCCGAUGAGGAGAUGGUUGACUAUGAGCCUACUCCAAAGAGAGUGGAGAGGACUCCACGGCGGUAG